AACACUUCUGCUACGUUCGAUAUACUGCACCCAACAAGUGUUAAAACAGUUGAAGUCAGUUAAAGCCUUUUGCUAAAUUAUUACACACUAACUUCUUCAAUUCUGACAACAAUGGCAUCGAAACUUUUAAGAAGCUGCAUUGUGCAAUGUCAGAAAAUGCAAAAGGCUCAGAUGGCUGAUCAGGCACUUGCCAAAAUUGGAUCCCGAGAAUGGGUUGGAUUUGGCUUCAAUGGUGUACCAAAUUAUGUUGACCGAGUAGACUUUCCUAUGCCCGCAAUUCGAUUCAAGGAGGAUACCCCUGAUAUUAAGGUUUUGAAAGAAAAGGAAAAGGGUGAUUGGAAAAAGCUUACUGUCGAUGAAAAGAAAGCUUUGUACAGAGCUAGCUUUUGUCAGACAUUCGCAGAAAUGGAAGCUCCUACUGGUGAAUGGAAAUCAAUCUCUGGUGUAUCAUUGAUACUAGUAUCAGUGGGCGUUUGGUUGUACCUGUUUAUGAAAUGGGCAGUCUAUCCUGAACUACCUGAAUCAUUCAGUGAAGAAAGAAGGCGUGCGCAACUCGACCGAAUGCGAAAAUUGGAUGUUAAUCCUAUUACUGGUCUGAAUGCUCGUAAAUAAGUCACUCGUUAACAAUAGUGUGAACGUACUGUUAGAUACAAAUGUGAAUAUAACAAUAAAUCCAUUUAUAGUCAUCCUAAGAAUAAAUGGCGCAUGAAUAUCACAAUAAAUGCUGUUUACAUUAAAAACAA